AUGAAAAUGGAUCGCUACGCAGCAACUGUUCUCACGUUUCUCUACCUUCAAUCCUUCUGCUUUGUCACAGGAGCGCCUCUGCCGAUGAAGAAUUUGGUUAACGCUGCCGGUCUUUUCGGGCAGAAUAGAAAUCCAGGAGUUCAAGGAGAAUCCAGCACAAAAGACGUUUCUUUCCCGAGGCCUACUCUUGCAAAUUCUAUUGCUGGAUUGACGAACAGGAGCGAUCAAGUGUUUGGCAUCUACGCAAGGAUCAGCGCGUGGGGGCAUGAGCACACAAAAUCUGAUGCUUACAGCGCCGCAGUAAUACAGGUUUCCAACGAUCAAGGAGCCGAGUACAACGCCAUCAGGGCAGGGCUUCAUACACUCCCCAGUCUGUACAAGGACACCAAGCUGCAUCUGUUUGCACAAUGGACGACGGACAGGGACUGGAGAACGGGCUGCUACAACACGGACUGCCCGGGGUUCGUGCCGUUCAAAGACAGCUACACUGGGAUACCCAAGCCCGGGAUGGUCGUGGAGGCGCUCUCCUCCUACAACCAGACCGACUCCAGCAUGAUCCUCCAGAUCGUCAAGGACGAGCGCCCGGGCAUCGGCGGCGACUGGUGGCUGUACCGCGUCGCGGGGCCCGUGCGGUUCCCGCUGGGCCACUGGCCGGCGUCGCUCUUCGCGAGCCUGUCCCGGCACGCGACGGAGGCGGCGUGGUACGGCGCCGUGGGGUCCGCGCGGCGCGGCGACGCGCCGCCGGCGAUGGGCAGCGGGCACGGCCCCGGCGAGGGGUACACGCGGGCGGCCUACUUCGCGGACAUCAGCCUCAUGGACCGCAUGGCCUACCCGGCGGACCCCAGCCUCCGCAGCGUGGCCGCCGUGGCCAACGACGAGCGGUGCUACAAGGUGGCCGUGGACGCCGGCGGUGGCAACACCUUCUUUUAUGGUGGGCCCGUCAGCCGGUUCUGUGCGUAA